GCUUCGUGACGUGCUGUCAAGCAUGCGGGUUAAAUUCCCGUUGUGCAGGUAACUUUCAGUUUGAUAAAUUGUCGUAAGAAACUAAGGACUUUUAUGUGUUAAUUCAUACGAGAAUUAGCUUAAUGCUAGCGGCAGUUAUUACGGGGUAAAAACCCCACUGCGUGUCUGUGUUGACAUCUUGAAUGCCGCUGUAUGAUUAAAACGUGGGUGUCAUUAUUUUUCUUUAUUCUGUCGAGUGGAGUGAGAUGCUGUGCGUGUGGACUGUGUGUGACGCCUGUGCUUUCUGUUUCCUUUGAAAAGCGGAAUAAUUCCUCCAGAACUCGACUCCUGUGUGCAGAGCCGGAUUAAAUAAAUGGACUAUACUAGGCAGACUGUAUUUUUUGGGGCCCCCUCCAUCGAUGUUUUUUAUGACUUGAAAUCGGAAACUUAUCAAAUACUAAUACUAAUACUUACUAAUAAAAGUUAAUUCACAUUUUACAUAGCGUAGUCUUUGGUUACGAGUUGGUUCUUUGUAUGCCAAAAUAAGUCAUGUGUCGUAUAUUAAACAGUCUAUCAGACUAUUUUUUGAUUUUAUUACUGUAUUUACACGCUGCUACAAGGCUCUAUUAAAUUAUCCUUAUCUUAUCCAUUGCAAGUGUCAUUGUUAAGGCAGUAGUACCAGUAAAUCACCAAUAGGUGUCAGCAUUGCUAUGUAUGUUUUUUAAAGUAUAGUCUUUUAACAAAUCCAUUUAGGUCAAUAAGUAUUGGAGAUUACUGUUGGGCAGAAACCUUUAAUCUCCAUAUUUCAACUUUUCAACAGUUUUUUCCACGAAUUGAUGCCGCGACCGACUCUAGCUCGGCUUGGAAGGGCUCGGGGUGAAGGUGGUUUACAGCGAACCCACGCCCGGACCUCGCUGCGGACAUGUGCACUUGCUGCGGCUUCUCCCGCCCGCCUGCCCCCCGGCGCGACUGUCGAUCGGAGCAGACUGUCGUCAGAACGCCCUGACAGCGUCGCGUCAUCAGGACGAGGAGCGUAAAUCGUCCUGAAACGCGGACCAAGUCAUUUUUAGGUUUUGAUUGUCCCUCUGUCUGGGCCCCCUUCCAAUCGGGCCCUAGGCACGUGCCUAGUUUGCCUUUGCGUUAAUCCGGCUCUGCCUGUGUGUGUCACUCAAUAAAACACAACGCAGAAGAUCAUCAGUUACACAUACUAACCUAUGAGUUUAGACCACUCAUGGUGUGUGUUUCAGGGUUGACAUCAGGACUCGUGCCCAUUGGAGAGAUUGCACCCAAGGCUUACCAAGGGGCUCUGGGAACAUUGCACCAGCUGGCUAUUGUCGUUGGCAUCCUAAUCAGCCAGGUUGCACUAGUGGAUAAGGCGGCCAGACGUUCCCUGACUCUCGUUGGUCGGGGAGGGAUGUGCUGCUGUGCGAUCACCGUGUGGGCAGUGGGCCCCGCUUUCCAGGUUCGUUCAACCAGGUGUCAGAGCAUGAGCGUUUUGACCUGAGCUUCACUUGUGUGGCUUGGCUGGGCUGUUAUGUGUUCAACAUUUUUGCAGUGCUGCUUCUUGGUUUCACCGUGUUCACUUACCCUCGGGUCCCUGAGACCAAAGGGAAAACGUUUGAGGAGAUCGCCGCCAUCUUCCAGAAGGGACCGAAGGAGCUGGCGAGUGCAUCAUGGGAGAUGAGUCAUUCGACAUCGUGGACUCCGGGGCUUCUCUGACAUACCCCAUGCAGUGCUCUGCGUUGAGGAAGAAUGGCCAUGUCAUGCUGAAAGGACAUCCCUGUAAGAUAGUUGAAAUGUCGACCUCAAAGACUGGCAAGCAUGGACAUGCCAAGGUUCACCUUGUUGGAGUCGACAUCUUUACUGAAGAAAAGUAUGAAGAUAUAUGCCCAUCUACCCACAACAUGGAGGUCCCACAUGUAUCAAGGAAGGAGUAUCGGGUAGAGAACAUCUCGGAUGGUCACUUGAGUCUCAUGGAAAACGCGGGAGUGACCAGAAGUGAUCUUAAACUGCCAGAAAAUGACCUGGGCAAAGAAAUUGACACCCGGUUUAAAAAUAGCGAAGCCAUAGUGGUCACUGUGCUCAAGGCUGGAGGUGAAGAGCAAGUAAUUGCCGUAAAGCACCUGAAGUAACUAAUUGAGGAUAACGCUUGCAGACCUCACAUCCUUACAUUGUCAUCCUUUGCCAUGGUUUUCAAGCGUCACCAAAGCUCAGCCCACGUUUACACAGCAUUGGUAAAAGUUGAGUUGCUGUGUUUGUCCAACUAUAAUCAUAGCUUUAUGUAAGUGCUUGGAAAUGUAGUGAAUGCUGGUCAAAUGAAAUCUUAAACUCUGGUCUGGCUCAGCUUCUGCUGCAUCAUGGGCUUACGGCUGGCUGGCAUUCCCCACGAUCACCGAAGUUAAUGAGCAAAUGCAUCUUCGUUUUGCAGGUAGUAAUAUUAUUCUAGGAAUUUGUAACAUUCCUUUUCAGAAAUUUAUAUUUAAAGUUGUGGUUAAUAGUUUUUUUUUUUUGUUUUUUUUUUUAAAUCAGUCUUUGACCGAACAUGUAUUUCAACUCACAUGUACAGUUAAUGCUACUGCUUCUUUUCGACUUAAAUUCUACCUUGUUUUUUCAUCCGUCAUUCCAUGUCAUGCAGGCUCGAGCCUUAAAAUCAGCCUUUGCCUCUGA